AUGGAAUCUUUUGGGGGCUCGACCCCCACAUCCUCGCAUCUUAGAUAUACUUUAUUGGUCGGUAUCUACAAUUGCAUCGCUGCUGGUCAGGUACAACAUGAUAGGGCUCUUGUGAUGGUCAUGGUUGAGCGAUGGCGACCGGAGACCCACACAUUUCAUCUCCGCAUUGGUGAGGCCACUAUCAAGCUUCAGGAUGUGGAGGUCAUGUACGGACUACAGGUAGAUGGACGCCCGUUAUAUAUUGAGGAGCCUCAGCCGCCGCCGUCGUCAUAUCGGGAGGAGUUGACUAGGCUCACUGGUUGCGUGCCUCAGGAGGGUGAGAUACAUGGACAGACUCGGAUGUCAAUGGUUGCCCUCUGUACUCACUUGCGCCUCUUAGACAUCGAGCAUCCUAUUACAGACGGCACACCUCAGGUGGAUGUCGAUAGUCGUGCCCAUCUGUACUUACUCAUCAUAUUUGGAAGCAUCUUGUUCCCGAACAUAUCGGGUUCCCAUGUGAGCUUAAAGUAUUUGUUAUUUCUGGAGGAUCUGGGUGAGUUGGGAUGUUAUAGCUGGGGCGUUGCUGUUCUGGCUUACCUGUAUUGA